GGACCGCAAAGACCGGGAAAGACGACCGCUUUCCCCUCCUCCAAAACCUCAAGUAGCCGUAGGUGCCACGCAAACUCCCCCACCUGAAGAUGAGAAACUCAAGGCGAAGAGGGCAAAGCUGGAGGCUUGGAAGAAGGACCGCGAAGCUAAGAAGGCUCUUGAUGAGGCUAAAGUCAAAGCUAUGGCUCUUGCAGGCAAAUCUGCACCAGGUGAGCACAUUUUUAAUAUGAGUGGCACUUCAUGAUUUCACACCACUUGAUCCAUGCCUUAUUAGUUUCUGCCCCGACCGCAACGUCCGCCAAACCUGGGACUUCUCUGAACCGUGCGGCCCUCACAGGUCUUGGGCUCAAAGGUCUUCCUCUCAAACCUGAAGUUCUAAAAGUGUCAAAGGGUGCUGCGGCCAUGGACGAUUCAGACGAGACCAAGCAACGGAAGCUUGAGACCCUUGGCGAAAUGCCUGCUGUCGACAUGACAAUGGCGGAUGGAGAAGCUAGUGUUGGCGACCUGGAAGUUGACGACGAUGACGAAGAGGCGAACAGGAUGGACCAAGCGAUCAAAAGCAAGGCUGCAGACGCCAUGGAAGAGGACGAGGACGCGGUCGACCCCCUCGAUGCCUUCAUGUCGAGUGUGUCGGUUGAAGUGAAGAAGGUCGACGAGGAAGACUUGAAAAAGAUGAUCGGCGUCAAAGGCAUAUCUUCUAAACCUCUCGCCGAACGUAUGGGCGAUGAUGGGGAGGAUGAAGUCAUGGAAGCCGUUGUUGUGGAAGACGAGCUUGAUACUACCGAUCUUAAUCCUGAAGACAUACUUGCUCUUGCGGCAAAGAAGGCAAAGAAGAAAGAUAUCGCCGCUGUCGACCAUUCUCGUGUCAAAUAUGAGCCCUUCCGGAAGGAAUUUUAUGUUCCCCCUCCAGACAUUGCUGCUAUGACAGACGAGGAAGCUGACCUCUUGCGACUAGAACUUGACGGCAUCAAAAUCCGUGGUAUUGACUGCCCGCGGCCAGUGACCAAGUGGAGUCAUUUUGGUCUUCCAGCCAGCUGUUUGGAUGUUAUCAAACGCCUCAAUUAUAUUGCACCAACUGCCAUUCAAGCUCAAGCUAUCCCUGCAAUUAUGUCUGGUCGCGACGUCAUUGGUGUGGCAAAGACAGGUUCAGGGAAGACCAUAGCAUUUCUCCUCCCUUUGUUCCGUCACAUCAAGGACCAGCGGCCCCUGGAGCAGAUGGAAGGCCCUCUUGCGAUUGUCAUGACUCCUACCCGCGAGCUGGCAGUGCAAAUCCAUCGAGAAUGCAAGCCAUUCUUACGGGUGAUGAACCUUCGUGCUGUGUGCGCAUAUGGUGGUUCUCCAAUCAAGGACCAGAUUGCUGAGCUGAAGAAGGGUGCUGAGAUCAUUGUAUGCACACCUGGUCGCAUGAUCGACCUCCUCACUGCCAAUUCUGGCCGGGUGACAAACCUUAAGCGUGUCACUUAUGUGGUUCUUGAUGAAGCUGAUCGGAUGUUUGACAUGGGUUUCGAACCUCAAGUCAUGAAGAUCAUCAACAACAUUCGACCUGACCGCCAAACGGUGCUCUUCUCUGCGACGUUCCCGAAACAAAUGGACUCUCUCGCAAGGAAAAUUCUACAGAAACCUCUUGAAAUCACUGUUGGCGGGCGUUCUGUAGUCGCCGCGGAGAUCGAGCAGAUUGUUGAAGUGCGUCCAGAGGAGUCCAAGUUCAAUCGCCUCUUGGAUAUCCUGGGGCAGAUGUAUAACGAAGACCCUGAGUGCCGUACUCUCAUCUUUGUCGACAGACAGGAAGCUGCUGAUAACUUGCUCCGCGACCUUAUGCGCAAAGGGUACUUAUGCAUGUCCCUGCAUGGAGGCAAGGAUCAGGUUGAUCGUGAUUCUACCAUUGCCGACUUUAAAUCUGGAGUUGUUCCCAUCGUCAUCGCUACUUCUGUCGCUGCUCGUGGUUUGGAUGUCAAACAGCUUAAGCUUGUUAUCAACUUCGACGCACCUAAUCAUAUGGAAGACUAUGUUCAUCGCGCUGGUCGUACGGGGAGAGCAGGCAAUAAAGGCACAUGUGUUACAUUCAUAACUCCUGAACAAGAAAGGUACUCUGUUGAUAUCUACCGUGCGCUUAAGGCAAGUAAUGCAGCUGUUCCAAGUGAGCUUGAGGAGCUGGCCAACGGCUUCUUGGAAAAGGUCAAGUCUGGGAAGGCGCAAGUUGCAGGCUCAGGAUUUGGUGGAAAAGGUCUUGACAGGCUCGAUAAAGAGCGUGAAGCUAAAGAUCGGGCUGAGCGGAAAGCUUACGGUGAACCCGAAGAAGAAAAAGUUGAUGAAGCUGCUGUCAAGACUCCCACGACUGCUGGUGAUGAUAUGACAUUCGGCAACUUCAAAGUCGAAAUCAAGCGUGGUCCCGCUCCUGAUUCUUCGAAGGGGUUACUUGGAGUGGCCGGAGCAGCUGCAGCUGCUAGGCGACUCGCACAUGCAAAGGAAGAAGAGAAGCUUCAGGCGUCACUCAAAGCUGCCCAGGAUGCUGCUGCGCGUGCAGGGAAAGACACAGCCGCGCAUAAGCAAGCCCUGAGUGUCAUGGCAAAGCUGAACGCACAGAUGAAGGCGACGAGACUGGUCCUGCAGUCUCAAAUCCAGGCAGACGAAAGUGGUCUCAGAAAAGCCAACCUCGACUCUACAGACUUCCACGCGAUCAUACCCAUCAAUGAUUACCCGCAGAAGGCCAGAUGGAGGGUCACCAACAAGGAAACUAUGGUUCAGCUUAUUGAUAUGACCGGCGCAUCAGUCACCAACAAAGGUAUAUAUUACGAAUCUGGGAAAGAGCCUCCUCUGGAAGGACCACCCAAACUCCAUCUGCUGAUCGAGUCCAACGAGGAAUACAGGGUGGAACAAGCUGUGCGAGAGAUCAAACGUUUGCUCAUCGAAGCGUCUGCUGCAGCACUGCAAGCAGAGAUGCGGAAUCCCACUGCAGUGGCGGGGAGAUACAGCGUUGUGUAGAGUUCCGGGUAUGGUGUUGUGCAGCCCCGACAGUAGUCGCGCUAUGUAACGUGCUACUCAUACCUUGAGAAUUACUUGUGUUUUUUAAUUUAACCUGAUCAGUGAUCUCGAUCGAUCGAUUACGGGUUGCGAUUUCGAAAUUCGUGUGACUGCCAUGUGCGCACGCCACAAAGAAUAUAUAUAUUUUAUAUUCUUGACUCGUCUGCCAUGACACCUC